GAAGCGGUCGAGCAAACAUAGGAACCGGAGAGUGACAGCUUGGAGGCAAUAGAAAUUGUGUAAAAAGGUCGUCGCCAUCCGAACUGAUCCGCGUCGCUGCGAAGCUGGAGAUCGAUGACGAAAUGGAACUGGCCAUUCGACUGCGAGAGCUCAGCUGGUGGACUACUGUUCUCUUAGCUGCCCCACAAUUGGCCAACUAACCAACCGUGCGCGAUAACGAUGACGAUGGGAUUGCGAAAUAUUCAAGCAAGCAAGCCACUCAAAUCAAGUUUUUUCCGCCAAACGAAUGCCGCGCAGAAAAUAUGAAAAUGCAAGUGGUAUCAUUCAGUUUUCAUUUGCUGCUCGCUGACGCUGGUCGCUUGGCCAUUCCACGAAUAUCGACCACUAAUUUGGUUUCGGAUUAAUUUGGCGAUGGCCCGUUUGGAACUGAUUGUGCUGCUGGUGACAUUUACCACUUGCCUAGUUCGAGCUGAAGAUGGUUUUUUGAAAGAGCCGCACCCAAGUCCUGAAACAGUUUUAACACCCCCCGUUUUUGGCUAACACAAAUGUGACUAACCCGCUUAGCAGCUGGAACUCGCUGUUCAAAUAGCGCCAAAAAUAUUGCACCACUAAACCGGAUUUGUUUUUCUGAAUUCUCUGUGGGUAUAUUGUUUGCCUCACUCGCACUCGCACCCGCGCUCGAUCCGAAACCAAAUCCGAAUUCGAAUCCAAAUCCAAUAUGAACUGAACUGAACAAAAUUCUAACCGAACCGCAGCAGAUUACAUCAAAGAGUGUAGGAUAGCCGACAAGGACUUUGUCAACUGCUCGACCCACAGCAUCCAGCAGCUUUUCGAUAAACUCAACGAUGGCAUUCCCGGGCUCACUAGCAUAAGGAGCUUCGAUCCCUUCUAUCUCAACCGCAUCCGGAUUACGCAGGGCAAUAGCAACGCGAUCAAUCUCAAGGUGGAGCUGGCCAACGUCAAGAUCAUUGGGUUCGGGCACACGAACGUCCUGGACAGUCAGGUAUUUAAGAAGGACUACAGCUGGAAGACCACCUUUACACUGCCCGAGAUGAAGCUCCAGGCGGACUACAGUCUUUUCGGUCGGAUCCUGCUCAUCCCGCUCAACGGAAAGGGCCAGGUGUUCCUGGACGCGGAGAACAUGACGGUCACCAUGCACACGAAGACUCGGCUCUACUCCAAGGGUGGGUUCACUUUCUACAACGUGACCAACCUGCACGUGGAUUUUAAAAUGGACGGGCUCAAGUCGUACUUCUCCAAUCUGUUUAAUGGCAAUAAGCAGCUGGAGGACAGCACCAACAAGUUCUUCAACGACAACUGGCGGAUGCUGGCCGAUGCCCUGUACACGGUCAUCACCCAGACCAUCGAGGACAUUCUGCUGGAUGUGCUGAAGAAGAUAUUUCACUUCAUUCCAGCCAACUUCUUUGUGAGCGACAUCCCGACGCCGGAACAGCUUUAUGGAAGAGCCAAGCCGAAACCGAAAUGAGGAAAUUGUCCGUAGAAUUUGGGAGUGGGAAUUCUGUGAAAAGUAGCCAAUAAAGUUUGUGUAAAAACUUG